CGCUGCCUCCUGCUUCGGUGCGCACAGGCUGCGGCGGCCGCUUCCCCCGCCGCCUCCUGCACCUGCUCCUGCGCGCCCUCCCCGACGAGGGAGCCCCGCGGGCCGGAGGAAGGAUGGGUUGCAUCGGCUCCAGAACUGUCGGAAACGAGGUGAUUGCUGUGGACUGGAAAGGGCUAAAAGAUGUUGACCAGAUCAAUAUGGACAGCACCAGCUCACUCCAUGGCAGCAGCAUCCACCGGCCGUCCACCGAGCAAACACGGACAGAUUUCUCCUGGGAUGGCAUUAACCUCUCCAUGGAAGACACAACCUCCAUCCUCCCCAAGCUGAAGCGAAACUCCAAUGCAUAUGGGAUUGGAGCUCUGGCAAAGUCUUCCUUCUCUGGCGCCUUAGGGAUAUCCCGCACCAUGAAGGAUCACGUCACCAAGCCCACUGCCAUGGGGUCAGGUCGCGUCGCACACAUGAUUGAGUGGCAAGGUUGGGACAAUGGCAACACCCAGCAGCAGCAGCACACGCACGAAACGGUGCGCAAGGACGCCGACGCUUACUCUGACCUGAGUGAUGGGGAGAAGGAGGCCCGAUUUCUUGCAGGGGUGAUGGAACAGUUUGCUAUCUCAGAAGCCACCCUCAUGGCCUGGUCUUCCAUGGAUGGUGAGGAUGUGAGUGUUAAUUCUAACCAGGAGAACCAAGCUGGCAACUACAACAAGAACUACCAGGAGAUGAUGGAGAACCAGGAGCACCUGGCCCAGGCACAGUAUGACAGUUGGCCUCACUCCUACGUCUCUCAAGGCAUGUACUGCCUGGGUUCUUCUGAUGCCUGGGAGACCAGCGACCAGUCGCUCAUUGCAUCCCCAGCGACUGGCUCCUAUCAGGGCCAGAACUUUGAAGAGUCCCAGCCCAGCUUGCAGGAAAGCGUUCUGAUCCAGAACAACCUUAUCCAGCAGCAUCAGUUGUUGCAGCUACAGCAGCAGCAGCAGCAACAACAACAACAGCAGCAGCAACUACUACAACAGCAGCAGCAACAACAACAACAGCCACAACAGCAGCAGCAGCAGCAGCAGCAGCAACAAUUGCUCUCAAAUACUAGCCUUGUGGAUGUAUGGCCUGCUCAGACAGUUCCUAGUGGUGGCGGCAGCAGCACAGAUUCCAGCAGCUUUGUGGGAAUCCACACAGAGGAGGAGGAAGGCAACCCCUUGCUGGAGAAGGCUCCCUUACUGAACAAGAAGCCCUCGCCCGAGGAGGACGAUGCUGUCUGCCGGGACCUGGAGUCCCUGUCCCCCCGGGAGGAGCCAGAGCCUGCUGCCCUCAGCCGCAAGGUCUCUGACGUUACCUCGUCCGGGGUGCAGUCUUUUGAUGAAGAGGAAGGUGAAGCCAACAACUGAUGCUGCCAUGGAGGAACCCUUUGCUCUUAUGCAUGGGAAACACACAGGUGGGGUGGGGGAAAGUGAUAGGGAAACCCCCUCUCCAGCUCCUCAAGUCCCCAAGCGCACAAGCACACUUGUUUGUUUGUUUUUAGUUUCAUGGCAAGGUAAGCCGAGGACCAAAAGUGCUGGGCAAAGUGAAGUCUCCCCACC